CUCUUCUGCAACAGAGUGCACCUCAGCCUCUUCUCUUUCUCUUCACCUCGCUCUGGCUUGAGACAGCACAGUGACAGAUAUCCUUAAGUGAUUAAAAACUGUGCAGAUCUUCUUGCAUCUUUUCUUGUCUGGAGAAAUAAGUGGAUCACAGCGGAAGAAGAUGCUGAGGCGAAGGCCAUCAAACGCCUCGGAGAAGGAGCAAACACAGAAGAAAAAGCUCACCUUGCAGAGGUCCAGCAGCUUCAAGGAUUUCAUGAAGCACAAACCCACUUCCCCUGUUGUGCCAGAUAAGGAAUUCAACUUAGAGGAGCAUGUGGGAGACACUGUGGCAGUAGAAGAAGCAGCGAAAAGUGGCAGCAAAUUGGGAAAAAAAUGGCGCAACGUCAUCUCCCGUACGAUGACCCGGAAAACAUCCAAGAUGGUGCAGAAGGCCCUUGCUGAGGAAGGGGUGGAGAGCGGGGAGGAGCUGUCCCCUGUCUACUCUGACUUUCUUCCAGAUCUGAGUGCGGGACAGAGGACGUCUGUGUGCUCCACUGGCUCAGAGGACACAACUCCCAGCCCAGUGAGCCGCCAGCUCUCUGCCAGCAGCGACAGGCAGAGCUUGGACAGUGGAUACUGCCAGAGGGACAGCAUGAGGCUGGAAGACAGCUCUUACAACGGGCCUUUCUGCGGCCGCGCAGUGGUUCACACUGACUUCACUCCCAGCCCCUAUGAUGUGGAAUCACUGAAACUCCAAAAAGGCGACAUUAUCUACAUCAUCGACAAGCCUCCAGUGGGAACCUGGACAGGAAAGCUCAACAACAAAGUAGGUUCCUUCAAGUUCAUCUAUGUCAACCUCCUCCCUGAUGAGACUCCGCCAACCAGAAGGAAACGCUGCCACAGCAAGGGCAACCGAUCCAAAUCCAAGCCCAAAACCUUGGAGGAAGUCCUGGAUAGCAUAGGCCUGACGGAGCUGAGUUCCUUACUGUCCAUGCAUGGCUUCCAGAGCCUGGAGGACUUCACAGGACUGAAGGAGUCUCACCUGAACGACCUGAACAUCACAAACCCAGACCACCGCUCCAAGAUCCUGAACGCAGCUGACCUGCUCAGAGACUCUGAAGACGAGUCUGAACCAGAGGAAGAGGUGGAGGAGAGUUUAGCUGAAAACUCCAAGGAGCCGAGGGACUCAGGCUGCUUUGAGAGCUCAGAGAACCUGGAGAGCGGCCGAGAGGAGCCAAAGACAGAGGAAGACGAGUCAAACCAGGAAACAGAGAAACAAGAAGAAAAGUCAGAGGAGACACACGAGGUCCAGGCAGAGGAAGUUGAGGUUGUCCAGGAGCAGCUGCAGGAGCUGACAGUGGAUGAUGGACAGUGAUUGGUGAUGCAAAACAUGCUCAAACAUUUCCCUUCUCAUUUCUGAGAGACUGUGGAUGCCAAUAAAAGCAUCUCUUUAUCAAAAGAGAGCAGACAGUGCCACUUUAAUGCUAAAAUAAUGAACAAAAAUGUUCUCCAUUAGCUGAAGGCUGAAAUACUGAAUGUGCAUGAUAACAAUGAUUUCACAGCUUGCUUACACGAGCAGUCCAGCAGCAUACACUGUUACCAGCUGCCACAGAUGGCAGCAUUAUUUUGAAUGAACUUCUUGCAUUGUAAAAUAUGUUAUUUUACUAGAGGCAUGUUGUGGUGUAUUAUAAUGUUUCAACUAAAGCAUUCAAUGGUUUUACUCUGGAUUCUACUAUGUUUGUUCUCAUGCUUUGGUGUAUAUUCUUCAUGAAUGCAAACUAUCUUAACAAUUUUCGUGUAUCUUGAAUAUCAUUGGUAUGAUGUUUUCUGUGACUGUAAAUAAAUUAAAUAAACUUAAACCAG